CUCAAUCAAGUAGUAGUACGAAGUAAGCCAAUGCUUUCUUGAAGUGCUGACCAGUGCAGUUGUGAUAAUCGCCUUCAGUAUCCAUCGAAAACUACAAUACGAGAAGAGGCAUAUUGCGUGUGCGCGAGAGAGGGUGAACCAGAUGUGGAUCUUCUCGAGUUCGCAAGUGCAUCUUUCAUUUCAUUUAUUWAAAAAAUCAUUUCUAUAUUWCUUAGAUAGCAAAAAGCUCUUUUACAGGCAACAAUGGCUGAUCAAAACGGAACAUCCGAGGCUUCGCCACUUCUUGAAAAGUCGGAUGCUGUCGGCACUGACACCACCGACAUGUUGACCGAAACCGAAUCAGUACCAGCAGGCGAUGAGGAUGACGAUAACGAUAAUAGUACUACGUAUUCCGAGSRGCSUGCCACCAAGAAGCGCUCGAAGAAGAAAAAGAAAAAGAGUAAGACACUCAAGCURACCACCCAGACGGCCUUUCAACUCGAGCGAGAGGUGUCAAAGAGCCUAGCGAAGCACAACCUCGCCGCUCAGUACCUCGCGUGCCGGCAUUUCUGGAUCUUCACCGUUCCACAGGCCGUACUUACCUGCGUCUCCAGCAUUCUGGCCUUCGUAUCCACGUCGGACCUGCUAACACCGUACCACAAAACCMUCUGUGGGCUCAUAGUUGGGUCCACUUCCGGUGUGGUAGUCUUUCUACAAACCAUGAGUGGAAUCUGCAACUACGGGGCACGAGCAGCGAUGCACCAGGGUGUCGCCAUCGAUCUGAGGAACCUCCGGGACGACCUCGUUCUGUUGCGUCACAAGUUGGCUUCUCUCGACAAGCAGCAAGAAAAAAGGCAGAAGGAAGCUCAAUGCGGCUUGGGUAACACGACUGCUGCCCAGUCUAGCAAGAGCGAUCAGAACGACGACGAAGACGACGACGAUACCGAUGAUCACGGCACCAGCUUUGAUUCGAUCCGAAACCGCUACCAGCAGAGUCUCACGGCUUGCAAGUCKGUCAUCCCCAUGGAACUSUUAGAGUCUUUUAGUGGGCUCGAGUCGAACUUGCACAUCGCCAAGUCCCAGCAAAACAUGACCCAUAUGUACGGCGUCUACGGUCACAUCGAUUUCGACGACUAUCUCGAGACCAAGGCCUACGACAUCCUCGCGGGGGAAAUUCUUAAUGCCUACAACUUCCCAUUGCGCCUGCCCCAUUCAAAGCGUGUGGUCCAACGCUCCAUGGAACGCCUCAAGUUUCAGCUCGUCAAGUACCAAAAUUUCUGGCCCACAGACCCACAGCAAGUUAUCGAGGAAGUGGYGUAGUAGGUCUAGACGGUUUUCAUACUSAUAGUUGUUGCCCCUGGGUUAAUUGUUUUGCAAUGUGGUGUGUUUGUGUCAGCCAGUUGCUGAAUAUGUCCCAAUGUUAAAUCAUUGAGACUUUUGAAAGAGAAUUAUUCCUUCUAAUGUGGAAAUGUUUAAAUCAAAAUUACUAUUGUGU